GAGAAAUAGAUACUUGAUAACAAGGCAAUGUAUCUAUCGUCAUGCUUUGAAAGAAAAGAUGUUUUGUUUCUGGCAUUAUUUGUUUUGGUGAUAGUUCAAAAUUUAUAAAAAGCCGGUAAAGUUAAAGUGACAUCCGGCGUCCCAUCUAAAACGAGGCGGGGCUUUAUCACCACGUUACUAGGGCGGUUGCUGAAGGUACAGGGUUGCAAGUCCAUGAAUCAGCAAAGCAUAAGCAUAUCGUCUACACGUCCAAACACAGCAGCACCAUGGGUGAGGAGAAAAGCGACGCAGAGAAGUUCUCCCUUCUAACCUCUAUCGGCGACGACGAACCCUGUCCCGAUGAAGUCAAAACCUGGGUCAGUCUCGAUCUCAGCCAUCUUUCCUCGGCUGUUCCAUCUUCAAUCAGUCACUGCAGUGGGCUAAGAACACUGAAGCUGACAGGCAUCGAUUUUGAAGAGAGUGGAGUACCCUUGAGUGUCUUUACCAUCACGUCCUUGGAGCAACUGGACCUAGAAGCAACAGGCAUCAAUAAAAUUCCCCACGAGAUUAGCACUCUCAGUAACCUGAGGAAAUUAAACAUUGCUGGUAACAAAUUCCACUGCCUUCCACCAGAGGUGUGUGCGCUGCGUUCUCUAGAGGAGUUGGAUAUCAGCGGCAAUCCUCUGAUCGGUGUACCACCAAGUUCCCUGAAGACAGCACCUGUGAACAUUGACUCGGGACACUCGACAGAUUUGGGGUACCAUACAAUAGAUCUGUCACAAGUGGAAAUUGAAAACUUCGGUUCCAGUGGCCUGUUACCUGCCCCUAUAUUCCGAACAGAGCGUGAAGAACGAAACACAGAUCAUGCUGCAGGACGCAAUGAUGGGGAUGACGCAAGCACAUCGCAUAGUAACUUGUCAGGACAAGGGCACAGUGGUUUCGUUUCAGAUUCAUCAAAGGUACAAUUGGAUACUGGUGUCAGUGAAGAAGUUCUAUAUAGUGCUGAAUCAGCAGGGAUGGAAACGGUCGAGUCUGGUUAUCAUUGUGAGUCAUCGGACAACUCAUCACCAGAAGACUCUGAUUCUGACUCGUCUAAUCCAGCAUUAAGCAAGGGAUGUGAUGAAGAAAUCGACUUGAGUGACUUAUCUUAUCAAUCAUCAAAUAACGGAUGUGACGACGAAAAUGACUUUGGUGACUUUUUUUAUCAAUCAUCAAGUAAUGGAUGUGAUGGAGAAAAUAGUGGUUUCGAAGUACAUAUGUCACCAGGAAUUGAAGAUGAAGAUUCCUCAUGCGAUAUGCCUUCACCCAAAAAAAUCCGUCUAUAUAAUGUGUGCAGUUCUCAUGUUAACUUCCCCCCAGAAACAAUUAACCUCAAAGGACUAAAACGACUUGAUGUUUCCAAUUCAUGUCUGCAAACAUUUCCUGAAUCCAUAUGUGACCUGCCAGCUCUGGAGAGACUAUCCAUCAAGGGCAACAAAAUCAAAGAGGUACCAAAGAAAAUAAAGCAACUGACCAAAAUAACAGAGUUAGACAUGUCCCAAAACCAGCUUUGUGAAUUCCCAUUGCCAUUGUGUGAGCUGACCAAUUUACAGGAACUUGGCCUGUCGAAGACUGGUAUUCAAUCGGUGCCAAAAGAAAUUAAAAAGCUUACAAAUUUGAAACAUCUAGAUCUAUCCAGAAAUGCUUUGGGGUCUUUCCCGCCACCAGGUGGUGUCUUGGACAAUCUGGAAAAUUUGGAUUUAAGGAAAAACAAGAUAUUCAACGUGUCUCCCGAAAUACGCUCUUACAAGAAAUUAAAAAAAGUUGAUCUUUCGUGGAAUUUGUUGAAUGAAUUGCCCCCGUACUUAUGUAAUAUAGGGGCAUUAGAAGUUCUCAAUUUGAGCAGCAACGACAUCAAAGAUACCUCACCAGCAGAAGACAGAAUUCCCAGUAUUCCACCAGAAAAUGCUCCAGUUCCCAGUAUUCCACCAGAGAAUGUUCCAGUCUCCAGUAUUCCAGCAGAGAAUGCUCCCCGAUCCAGUAUUCCACCAGAGAAUGCUCCAGUCUCCGGUACUCCACCAGAGAAUGCUCCAGUCUCCGGUACUCCACCAGAGAAUGCUCCAGUCUCCGGUAUUCCACCAGAGAAGGCUCCAGUAUCCGGUAUUCCACCAGAGAGUGCUCCAGUAUCCGGUAUUCCACCAGAGAGUGCUCCAGUAUCCGGUAUUCCACCAGAGAAUGCUCAAGUAUCCAGUAUUGUGACAGGGCAUGUUUCAUCCCCAAGCACUCCCGGAGAAAAUAUCUCUAGGGCAAGGGACUUAAAGCAGGAAUGCUUUUCCCGCAAACUGCAUACAUUAGACCUCUCUGGGAAUAAGAUUAACAAAUUUCCAACCAAUAUACCCAUACUCCGCUCUGUCCAACAUUUGAAUUUAAACAACAACAGAAUUGCAACCGUUCCACCAGAAGUUAAAGACCUUAGUAACCUGAAGAGGUUAAAUCUAGCCCGGAAUGAGUUAGAAUUCUUCCCACUGGACGUUUGUCAGCUAACAGAGCUGGAAGAUCUUGUCCUGAACAACAACAAGAUCAAAGACGUCCCAGGUGAGAUAGAGCAACUGAGCUGCCUUGAGUCUAUGGACCUCUCCUGGUGCCAUUUGGAAGCAUUCCCACAAGCAGUUCUUCAGCUGUCAAGUCUACGAAAGCUCCUUCUGAUAAAGAAUGACAUCACCCACAUACCACCAGAAAUUAAAUUACUUCAAAAUUUAGAAAAGAUCGACCUCUCGUGGAAUCGACUCACCGAAAUUCCGUUGCAUCUUUGUCAGAUGGAGUCACUUCGUGAUCUGAGUCUAUGCAACAAUGACAUAAGUUCAGUGCCUGAGGAAUUCGCGCAAUUGAAGCUGUUGGAAAAGUUGAAUUUAUCUAGAAAUAGGACCGAGACGUUUCCACUGCAGGUGUGUUCCUUGGGAGCUCUCCAGGACUUAAGCUUCAGUCACAACAACAUUACGACAGUUCCCUCAGAGAUCAAGCAACUUCAGGCCUUGAAAAGACUGAAUCUAUCUAGAAACAAACUCAAAGAAUUUCCAUCCGUGCUAUCUGACAUGGAUACCAUUGAAGAGCUAGACAUCAGCGACAAUGCCAUUAAGGAAGUACCCUUCAAGUUGCCCACUAUGUUGAAAAAAAUUAACGUUUCCAGAAAUAGGCUGUACUCUUUUCCCAUGACAGUAUGCAAUCUUCUGCAGAUGGAGGUACUUAAUUUAAGCUGCAACGUUUUCAGGCACGUGCCAUUUGAGGUGAAGAAACUAAGGCGCCUGAAAUCACUAGACCUCUCCUUCAACAAGCUGACAGAGUUCCCUUUGCCAGUUUGCUGGAUUGGAACAUUGGAGGAGCUCAACCUGAGGAACACGAAACUGAUACGGGUCAGAGACGAAAUCAGAAAAUUGCGCCACUUGAAACGCCUGUACUUGUCCAGGAACGCGUUCUCAUCAUUCCCGGUAGAGGUUUGCACGGUGAUUUCUCUUGAGGAGUUGGAAAUGAAGCAAUGCGGCUUAACAGACAUACCAUUCCAAGUUGCACAGUUCACAAAGUUGGAGAAGCUCUACCUCUCCGGUAACACAAUGAAGUCAUUCCCACAGCACAUCUGUGACAUUGAAACCCUGGAGGAGCUAAGCCUCAGUAAGACCAGUAUCAAGGACGUAAGCCCAGAUGUCAAGCGGCUUACCAGCCUCCGCAAGCUUUACAUCUCUGAAAAUUCAUUAUCCGGGUCAUUCUCGUCUUUGCCAUUGUCUAGCCUCGGGUCCUUGGAAGAGUUGUCUCUCUUCAAGUGCUCCAUCAAAGAAAUUCCUCCGGAAGUGAGACAUUUAGUGAACCUGAAGAAGCUGAAUGCCUCUGACAAUGAAUUGAAAUCUCUACCCAGUAAAUUGCGGCGACUGAAAAAACUUGAGAAUCUGGACGUGAGAAAGAAUGGACUUGUGACAUUGCCAUCAAAGUUCCAAUCGCUUGGAAACAUCAUACACUUAAACCUGUGCGAAAACCUUUUUACUGAAAUACCUGAACCACUGUUUCAUCUGAAAAGGCUAGAGACACUUGACUUGAGUCGCAACCAAAUAGCGGAAGUUCAACCAGAAAUACAAGCGCUUGGCAGCCUGAAGCGGCUUAACCUCUCUAAUAACCAGCUGAAAGAAUUGCCGUCGUCAGUGCUCACAUUGCUGAAUAUGGAACACUUGCUUUUGGGAGGAAAUAGCAUCACAGAAGUCAAAGCAGAUAUACGAGACCUCAAGAACCUGAAAGAGCUCAAUCUCAUGGAAAACGAGCUGCAAGAAAUUGCCACACAGAUCUGCAGCUUAUUCAGGCUUGAACACCUGGAUCUCAAUCACAACAACAUUAAAGAAAUCCCAAAAGAGAUCAAGCAAAUGCGGCAUUUGAAACUUUUUGACAUUUCCAAAAACAAAGUGGAACGAGUUGCACCAGAGAUGGGCUCCCUGAGUCAUCUUCGGCAGGUACGCCUGGACGGUAACAAAAUCUCAAAAUUGCCAACAGAUUUGAGGUUCAUAAUGGAUGUAGCCAAGGUGAAUGUGAAAGAAAAUCCCGAACUGGUUCAACCCCCGCCAGAGGUGGUGGCGAGAGGAAGCUCUGCCAUAGCCCGUUACUUGGAUGACUUGGCGCAUUCAGAGUCAGCAUCAACGUCAAGAUUGCAAGUCCACGUGCUUGGAGAAACUGAAACCGGGAAAACAAGCCUUGUGAAAUCAUUGGUCGCCAGGCAACCAUCUCUGACGUCAAAGGCUAACCGAACCCACGUGGUGGAGCAGCAGUUGUGGGAGCCGAGAGAGAACGUGUUUUUGAACAUCAACGACUUUGGUGGGCACGACAUAUACAAAGUUGCAUACAAUUUAUUUCUGACUGUGCAGGCUUUAGCACUAUUAGUCUUCGACCUACGCCUACGCAUAAGGGAUGACUUUGGAGUUCAGAUAGGCGACUGGAUUGAUAAUAUUUAUUCUAGAACACCUGAGACAACCAUAGCGUUGGUUGGAACACAUUCAGAUUUGCUGGGGUUUGAAGAAGUGAAUAGCAAGCGAGAAGAAGUUGAAGAUGCUGUCAGAAAACACCUUCAAAACAGGAAGGAUAAACUUGAAGUGGCUGUCACUAAAAUUAAAGGAAAGAUGGAAGAAGAGAACGUUGACGAAGCGUUAAGAGAAGCUUACACAGAGAAAUUGGAGAAAUUCGAGAAAUUACGAGAUACCCCACCAGCAAUCGUCAAGAAGAUUUAUAUCGUUAGUUCCAGUACGGGAGAGGGCAUCAAAGAGAUUGAAGUAUAUUUGACAGAUGCUGCCGAAAAGAAGAAGAAAAUAAUCCCUGAAUCGUGGCUGCAGAAGAUUGAAGAAAUUGAAGAAGCCAAGUUCAAAAAAAGUGAACUUUUUCUUAAACUGUCUGAUCUGAUUCCGUCGCCGUCAGACGCCAGCCCAGCCAACCCAGCCCCAGCCAGCGACCCCGAGGAUAUCUUACAUUAUCUCCGUGAUACAGGUGGAGUGCAUUGGUACGCAGAGAGCGAGAAUGACCUUCGUGAACUCGUCUUCCACAAGCAUGAUGUCAUCAUCGGUUUUCUGAAAGCAGUAUUGCGAAACAACAUGGAAGAAUUUCUCAUGUACAAUAAACUUCCUUUCCGCAACCGAUACACAGAGGAGAGGUUUAAAGCCGACAGGCAGGACGUGUUGCAGAAGGGUGUCAUCAGUAGACCCAUGUUGGAAUGUUUGUGGGAGGAAUUCAAGCUCGAGAGAGCCGAUGUAAAUGCAAUGAUAGACCUCCUGACGAAAUUCGAGAUUGGUUACGUGGUCAAAGGUCGUGAAAGCAAAGAUGCUAAGGCAAAGACGACAGACAAGCUCCACGUGCCAUGGCUACUGACGGAAUCCCGUCCGACGGAUCUCUCAGCGAAUUGGCCGGAUUUCGCGCCAAAAGAUGACGUCCAGAUUACCUUAGAGUUUCACUUCCCGGACCCUUGCCCAACUGGCCUCUAUGAGCGCAGCGCAGUCCUUCUCCACCACGCCCUCCACAUGGGAAAUGAAAGGAGCAGGAUUGACUGGAAAGAUGGCGCCUGUGCGCAGUUCACCAAUGUCCAGGUACUGCUCGAAAGGUACACGUUGCCAAGACAAGCCAACAAUGGCGUAAUUAAAGUCGCCGUCAGGGGCAAAGACGUCAUCAGGUUGAAACGGGCCGCCAAUGACCUGUAUCGUACCUAUCGCAAGACCAUGGAGCGCGAGUGCCCGGGAAGUCCACGUGAUGAUUUCAUUGUUUGCCCGCACUGCGUCAACGAACACAACGAUCCUCCAACACGUAGUCUACCAGCUGAGCUGCUUAACAGGCCCCGGGGCCAGCCCGUACCAUACAGGCAUUGCGACUCUCGCCAGGGUCCGGUGGUCAUGUAUUCGGCGGAUUUCUACUUCCCACGCUCAGAUGAGGAAGGUAAUAUAAAAAUAUGGCACUUUCAAGCGUUGAAGAGACACGGCCCAGACCUCAUAAACGGAAUAUAUAGCAAGUUCCAAGGCGUGGACAAUAUUGUUCAACGGCUACUUCAUGGUGACGUGCUUGACAAUGAGGAGGCAUUUGCCGUGGGAAAUGAUCCCGUGGUCCAUGAGAAGGUGAACCUGCUACUCGACAUUCUUCAAGGGAAAACCGACUACGACUUUUAUGUCUUUUGCGGUGCCAUUCAUGAUAUCGGGUUGGCAAAACUUGGGAAGUAUCUGAGAUUAUCUGACGAACUUUUCCUCCUGCCUGACGAUGACCUCAUGGCACUGACCAGAGAGCUUCCCGGCCGAUCAGGAAACAUGGUCAACCAAGUGAAUUUGAAGAACGCCCGUACACAGUUACAGAGUGGGGACAAGGUGGAGGGUGUGCGUUGGCUCUUGGACAGUAUCUACCACGGCUUUAGAUCCCACCAGUCAGAGAAAACCAUGGCCGUUCUUAGAGAUAUUCUUCACGAAAAACGAUGUGCCUUGUUCUCGGCGAAUGUCCCCAUUGUAUAGACUAAAGUUUGAGUAACUCAUGUUACAAUUUACAUAUAGUGCCCAAAGGUCUUUUUCAAAAAAAAAAAAAAAAAAUGGGAACAAAUAGUUUUACAUGUGUAUGAGUAAGUUAUACUUGUGAACUUGAUUGUACUGUACAUUAUAAACUUUCGGUAUUGGCAAAUUCUUAGAGCUGAAACAAAGUCCUAGAUGUUUAGAUAGAUAGAACGGAAGGUAAGCUGAAUGUAGCAACUUAAGAAUAUGGUACUUUCUGUGGUCACUAAACCUAGAAUGGAAUCAACCACAGGAAAGUAUAUCGUAGAGCACUUUUAGUGCGAGGGUGAGUGGCAAAUUUCAGAAUGUAUUACCCAAAGUAUGUCUCAUUCAACCCAAAACAUAUUUUAACAUAAAACUUGAUUGCCCUCGAUGUGGGUAUACUCGUAAAGCUAAAAACAAAUUCCUAUGUCUAAAUCUAUAUAGAUCUUUAUGCUGGAAUCAAAUCUUGUGAAUGGAAUGGUAAUAUUAAGAUGUCAGCUUUGAAGCAAUGCACUGCUUUUAGAAGUUACGCUCACAGAAAGUAUACAUAUCGCUACAGGCUGAUAUUACAAUAUAGAAUAAUUUGACUGGAAUUUGAUCAUAUUUUCUGGUAAUUAAUUUCUGGUAAUUAAUUUUGAAGUUUCAGAUGAGUUGUGCAAAGAUAAUUUGUAGACGAAGUGGCUUGAAUACACAUAGUAAUAAUAUGCAAUAUUGUUUUAAUUUAAAAGACUACAUGUAAUUUUUUGUUACAAAAUAUUCAUACUUGUUGACAAUCACCUCAAAUGUUUUCCUAUGCAGUAUUGAACCAGGUGAUCAAUAAACCACGUGAACAGCC